UAGCACCACAAUCAUCAUCUAGCUAGUUGACUUGACAUUCUGCUGAGUCAUCUUGAUUACUUAUUGGUCAAGAGAGGAAGAUGGAUUUCAAGCCUACGGUGACCAUGCUGGCGGUUGUUGUCGUGUUCGCGGUUAUGAACACGCUGACAAAGAUGGCCUUCAACGAAGGGAUGCACACCACCGUCCUCAUCGUCCUUCGCCAGCUCACCGCCACACUCUUCCUCGCCCCGAUCGCCUACUUCAGAGAAAGGAAGACAAGACCAAAGCUGACGACCAAAAUCUUCGUUUACCUCUUCUUCAGUGCCUUGCUCGGUGCUUCACUGACGCAGUGGCUCUUCUUCCUGGGCCUCCGGUACACCACGGCUACCUUCGCCUGCGCCUUCAUCAACAUGACCCCCAUGUUCACCUUCCUCCUCGCGCUGCCCUUCAAGGUCGAGAGGCUCGACGUCUCCACUGGCUCCGGCGCCGCCAAGCUCACCGGCACUGCCGUGGGCCUCGCCGGAGCACUCGUGCUCGCGCUCUACCAGGGCCCCUCCCUGACUUCAUAUCAUUCCUCGGCAGCAGCAUCAGCAGGAGGCGGCGAGCGGAAGUGGGCGGUGGGGUCGGCGGCGCUGCUGGGCGGGUCGGCGAGCUGGUCUCUGUGGUUCAUCCUGCAGUCCAAGAUCGGCACGAAGUACCCUGCUCUUUACUCGGGCACGGCGUGGAUGUCCUUCCUGAGCUUCCUCCAGAUGGCGGCGAUCGGGAUCGCCACGGAGAAGAUGACGUUCCACGUGUGGGUCGUGGCCACCAGGCUCCAGGUCGUCACCGUGCUCUUCGUGGGGAUCGCGGGGUCCGGGCUCGGGUUCCUGGCCAUGUCCUGGUGCGUGGAGCGGCGAGGGCCCGUGUUCACCACGGCGUUCAUGCCGCUGGUCCAGAUCGUCGCCGCCGGGAUCAACGUCAUCGCGCUCCACGAGCAGCUCCACCUCGGCAGCGUGGUGGGGGCUGCGCUGGUGGUCGUGGGGCUCUACUUCGUGCUCUGGGGAAAGAGCAACGAGGCGAGGACCAAGGAGCUUUCUCCACCGUCGGAUUCCAAGAUCGUGGUACAAGAGCAUGCAUCAGGUACCGGCACGGUGUGA